AUGAUUUCGAAUCCGGAAUUGAUCCACUACGCCUGCAUUGCUCGAUCGGACACCAUCUUGGCCCAGCACCAGAGCGAGAAGGAGCCGAACAUGGAGGCCCUGGCGGCCCAAUGCGUGGCCCAAACCCCGCCCAAUCACUCCCUCUUCUCCCACACCGUCAACAGCCGUACCUACACCUUCCUCAUCGACCCUCCCUUUGUUUUCUUCGCCAUCUCCCACCACACCCUCCUCAAAUCCCAAACCCUCCCCUUCCUCCACCGCAUCCGAUCCUCCUUCCGUAAAACCCUACCCUCCUCCUCCGACAACGUCCACCACGACUUCACCCCUCUCUCGUUUCAGCCCCAAUUUCAUUCCAUCUUCAACGACGCCCUCAGCUUUGAUUCCAAAGACCGUAGCCUCAGAUCGCAACCCCCCCUCAGCUCUCCCCCUCAGGGCCUCAAGAAGAAGAAGAGACCCAGCGAUGCACCCGCCACGCUCGACGUCUCCGACGACGCCGUUUCCCUCUCCCCUCUCAAGCCCCAGCCCCUGCCCCACGACCGCCAUGCCAAGGCCAAACACGUGUGGAAAAAACACGUCUGGGUCCUCCUCCUCCUUGAUUUGUUCGUCUGCGCCGUCCUUUUCGUCAUCUGGUUGUGGGUCUGCAGCGGCUUCAAGUGUAUGACCAAUUGA